AUGGAACUUACACCUACGAUAACUACUGAACAGGAUGAAUUGAAAACUAAUAACAAACAAUCACUUUGUCGCCUAAUAAUCCACGUUUUCACAGGCUUUCGAGCGCUAGCAUGCUUGUGGGUGUUUAUAGGACAUUGUGGACUAAAAAAUAUGGAUGAAUUUGUUGCAUUAAAUAUAAAAUGGGUCGGUUAUGCUGGAGAAGCAGGCGUUGCAGUGUUUUUCUGUUUAAGCGGUUUUAUUAUGGUAUGGAAUUACGGUGACUGUGAAUUUAAAUCAGCAAGAUGUUAUUGGUCUUUUAUCGGACGAAGAGUCUCUCGAUUAUUCCCUUUGUAUUACUUUUCACUGCUCUUAUCCAUUUACGAUAUCAGAUGUGUAUGGAGUGAAGGAACGUCGUGCACAGUAUCAAAUUGGAUAUAUAUAUUAUCCACAUUAUUAAUCAUAACAACAUGGAUUCCAUACGUGCUUAAUACUGAGCGAUGGAAUUUCGUCACUUGGAGUGUACAAACAGAGUGGUUUUUCUAUUUAGCAUUUCCUUUCCUCAUUCGUUUAAUUCGAUACUUAUUAAACACAACUCGGAUCAGUCUUCUUUCACAUGUUGAAAAUAAGAAAAAGACACUGAAACGUUUGCAUUUAAUGUGGUACGUUGUUUUAUGUAUAUCAACAAUUUUUCUUCUAAUUCGAUUGAUCUUACACGAUGACCUGACUGUAUCACUUACUCAUAGGCAAACUGAUAUGAUUUAA